GUGCAGCGCAUUCUUCUACCUUUCGUUACUCUUUCCCAUUAGUAUCAUUCAAAAUGUCUGCAACAAAUUUAGCAAAAAAAUACAAGCAGCAGGUCUUGAAGCAACAACAGCUUCAAUUACAAGCAGUGUUGGAUGAGUUUGCUGAUGCUAUAAAUAAAACCUCGUCAACAUCCGAAAAACGACCACUAUCAUUACGAGUCUCAGAGGCCAAGGCCUGUAAAAAACGCAAAGUUUCACCGGAUGCCACCAAAGUCAGUGGUUUAAACGGCACCCUUGGUUCAAACUUAGUAAAAUUGAGUGAUGAACUUCCUUCAAAGACCAUGCGUGAACGUUAUUUUUCGAUACUCAGCCGUAAUGGAAUCAUAGAUAUCAGUGACGAUAAAGAUGGGUCACAACUGCAUGCUCUUGAUGGUGGUAGCAAUACCAAAAAGAAUAUUGUUGGCAAGGUUGAAAAUGCUUCACCACCCAAAAAAAUAGAAGACUGUGAUGAUUAUCUCCAUGCGGAUGACAAACGCCUAUUAAAAAAUGUAUGAUUGUGCGAGUACCUGGAUGAUUCUAAGAUACAGUUUGAUAAUCAUAUUAUUUACAAUUGCAGGUUGACGGUCCAAGUUCUGCGAAAAAAUGCAUCAAACAAUUGACAAGCAGAUCUACGACAGAAAAAAAGCAAAUGGCAUCGAUCGAUGUAGUCAUUAACAUAUUGAAACAACAUGCAUUCAAAUCGCACAUGCUAUCAGAUAAAUAUCUUGAGGGAUGCU